GGUCUCAGCAUUUCAGCCCAGGCUCGGUGUACUCUGGAGUCAGGCUUGUGUGCGUGUGUCUGUGUUUCCAGUCGACACUGGAUCAUUCACCCCGGACAUCGCGCUGAGGGAAGAGGGUGGGUAAGACCUCAAGCAGAUCCUCCCCUUCCAGCGCCGUCAGCAGCCUCUCCACACAGCGGAGAGGGAACUGGGGGAGAGGCAGAACCUUCCCCCCACCCCUCCACUGAUCCCCUCCCCCUCUAUUUAUACCUCUCUCUCUCACACACACACACAAGGAGAGGCAGUUACAGUCGAGCGGGACAGAAGAGAGGGAGAAGGGGACCGUCACUUCCUCCUUUCUGCUCCCAGGGAUUCUUGGUGUAGUUUUGCAACCAAAACACCAUUCAGGAAAUUAUUGCUUGGUGACAUGCAAAGGACGGCCUUUUACUGCUUCACAACUGGACAAAAGUGAACAAGCAACACCGUUGAAUUUGCAGUGAAACAUAAAUGCUCCACAGCAACUAAAAUCCAUCUGCUUUGGUCACGUGUAGAAAGUUGAACUAAAUUUGUUGGCUUGUGGCGAUGGAUAGAGCAAGUGCUGCAUUGCGGAAGCGAAAUCAGUAUAAUAGUCGGAAUGAAACUGACUUGGAAGAAAGUAGGCCACGAAUUCAAAAGGCGCUGCUGAGGGACAAGUGUUGCCAGACAGACCACCACCACCAUGGCUGCUGUGAACCAGCGUACAUUCAGGAGCCAGGAGACCCACCUCUAUUGCAGCAACAACUUCCAACUUCGAAAUCAGGAAUUCAGCAAAUCAUUGAGUGUUUUCGGACAGGAACCACACAACUAAAACAUAUUUUGCUGAAAGAGGUAGACACCAUCUUUGAAUGCAAAUUGUGUCGAAGUCUAUUCCGAGGAUUGCCCAACCUUAUUACACAUAAGGAGUUCUACUGCUUCCCAAGCCUAAAGAUGGAUGAACAUUUCACAGAUCCAAGCGAUAAACAGAGUCACACGAUACGGGAACUUUUGGAAGCAAUUUAUCCCAGGGUUGAUAAGCAGGAAUACAUCAUCAAACUGGAACCCAUAGAAACAAAUCAUAAUGCAGUGUACCAGCAUGUAACUAGACUUGAUGAUCCAGUCCUCAAUGUAGAGACAUACAGUCCUCAAACAUCGAGCCCAUUACCAGUACAAGAGUCAGACAUUGAAAAGAUGCCAGAGAUUAUACCAGAGGAAGCAUUGGAACUUGUCCAUUCAGUUCCUACAGAGCUUAUUAAGAAAGAAAUAUCAGCCCAAAGGUUAGAACAAAGUCCGGAGCCCCUCCUUACAGAGAUAGAGAUCUCCAAUGGUUCCAGUCUUGCUGCCCACUUGGUCUGCUGCCUCUGUGCAAAAACUUUCAAUUCCCGACGUAGUGUAAGGCGACACAUUAGAAAAGUGCACAAAAAGAAGAUGGAAGAGCUGAAAAAGUACAUUGAAACAAAAAACAGUGCAGGGCACCAAUCCUCUCUCUCGAAUGCCAGGAAACGGUCAAAGGGCAUUGGAGUAGUCAGUGUAGGCAGGAACUGUCCUGUGUGUCACAAGUUCUUUGCCACAAAAGCAAAUGUGCGGAGGCACUUCGAUGAAGUGCACAGAGGUCUAAGGAGGGACUGCAUUACACCCGACAUCGCCACCAAACCAGGGCAGCCACUCAGCUUGGAAGAGACAUCAACUGAGCACCCGGUGGUCCCUUUGCCUCGCAAGCGCAAGUCUUCCUCAAAAGCAGAAUACAACCUGACAGCAUGUAAGUGCCUUUUGUGCAAGAGAAAGUACAGCUCACAAGUCAUGCUGAAGCGCCACAUGCUGAUUGUGCACAAAAUGAAUCUGGGAGAGAAUCUGUCGAAGCCUCCAGAGCAGAGUACAGCUAUGGUGUGCUGCGUGGAGUUGACUGAAGCUAGUACCUACUGCACAGGCAACAUCGAGGGGCCUCUGCUUGCCAGUAGGCCCUCACCUCAGGGCGAGCCCAAAGGCUCAAGUCUAACAGGUGAAAAGAAAAUCACCCCAGUGCUGAAAAACAAAGUGAAACAAGAAAAUGAGAGUCCAAAGGCUUCAAGUCCGGCUGCUGUAAUUGGCCACUCCAAGCCCAAGAAACCCAAGCUCUCAAUGGGUUUCGACUUCAAGCAGCUCUACUGCAAGCUGUGCAAACGGCAGUUCACCUCCAAGCAGAAUUUGACAAAGCACAUUGACUUGCACACGGAUGGCAAUAAUUUCUAUGUCAAGUUCUACAAGUGCCCACUGUGCACCUACGAGACACGUCGCAAGAGGGAUGUCGUCCGGCACAUAACGGUGGUGCACAAGAAGUCAACUCGCUACCUGGGCAAAAUCACGGCCAACCUAGAGAGCCGGGCAGUGAAAAAACCAAUCGAGUUUGUGUUGAACAGAGUGCCGAGGAGAGGCCCCCAGAGAGACGAAACUAAGCACACCAAGAAGCACGACAGUACUUCCGCCUCCCCUGUCCCCUGCCCUGCUGUUGCUGGCAGGAAAACUGACGGAGCAGACCCUGGCACUGAAGUUAAAUUCACCAAACACUUCUCGCUGCACAAGUGCACUAAGUGCGGAAAAGCAUUCGCCAAAAAGACCUACCUGGAGCAUCACAAGAAGACACACAAAAAUGCAAUGGUGGCGCCGGAAGGAAAUAAAAAUGUUGGCCGCAGCACCCGAUCCAAGGCCCUUCUCUCUGAUAAUUCCAGAUGACAUGUCAAUAAAUGGACUUUUUGGGAUUCUUGUCGUUUGAAGAUUCAAUUUGGUAGCCGAGACACUGAAAAUCAUUGAGCAAAUAGCAGCUGUGAAGAAAUAGGAAACCAAAGCAUCAUGGGCACGAAAUUAGGAGCAAUUCUAUGAAAUGAAGUUUAAACCAAGAGAUGAAUAAAUUUUUAUGUACCAAAAUGUAAAAUGGUACAACAUUCCAGAAUGGCACUCCAGCCACUCUGGCAGAAAUGCAAUGUGCUCUACCAACAUUGAAUGGCAAGUUGCUUUCCAACACCUUGGUGAAAUGUGCUCUGUGCUCACAAGAGUGAAUAGAUCUUGCAACUGACCAAUCUUUUAUGGGAACAGAGGAACAGGUUGAUUGAAAAUCAUGGUACAGUUAUAAUACUGCUGUAGAGUGGUGUAUGUUUGUUAUGAACUCCCAGAUCUCUGAUGGCGUAGCUUAGCAGGAACCAGAAGAAUUUUGAUUGGAACACGGAGAGAGCAACAUGCCAUGGAACACACUGUAUUGUUCUCCUUCAAAGACUCUGCUGUAUAUAACCUGACCUUUCUGUUUUAGGAUCACAAAUUCUAAUUGCUGUGCAUUCCUGAAGUCAAUUAGAGAAUGAAGAAACCAGCAGGCAAUGACAUUUCUUUUCUUGUCCUUUUUAUAUGUUUUUUAAGGGUGAUGCUAAACUUUUGCAUGUGAUUGUCACUUCUAAAACCUUUACAUAUCUAUAAAGAGAUUGCAAGAAAAUAUGAUUAACUGCACCACACUUAUACUGAAAUUAGAAACAGUAACGGAAAUAUAUCCUCAUAGCAAGAGAGAACUAAUUUAUAUCUAAUUCUUAUAUAGUAUAUUGAUUUUUAACAUGUUCAUUAAAAUAUAAAUGUUUUGAUAGUCAUUCACAGGAGAAAGCAAUAGAUUUAAGAAGAAUUUUUUUUAACCAUGUUAGAGACUUUGUAUAUGUAUGCAUAAAAUUGUGGAUUCUGUUUAAAAGAAAAUUUCUGUGUUGGUACAGCAAACUGUUUGCACUUAAGUCCAAUAUGCUCAGCUGAAGUAUAAUUUUUAUUUUUGGGGUGCCCUUAGAAAUAUAGAAGAUGUAUAUUGGAAUGUGAACAAUGGCAAGAAUAUGCAAACUCUAUAGCAUCAUUUACUGUCCAUAGCUGUGUAUCCUUUAAAAGUUGUUAGCCUUUCUUGAUGCGAAUUAUACAGCAAUUAGCUACAGUGGUUAAUUAUUUUUCUUGCAGAAAGUUUCUGUUUUUAUAAUUAUUGGUCCAUAACAAUCUUAAAAUGACCAAAAAUUGUGACUUACUAAUGUUAAGCAUUGAAGUAUAGUAGGUUUUUAACAUUUUAGUAAGGUGACAAAUUGUUUUCUAGAUUUGGCAAUUUUUGGGUUGUUCAGUUAGAUUGCAGCAACACAAGUUUUAAUUUGUUAAAAUUCACCUCAAUUUGACAGGACAGCUGUUUGAUGUUGAGGGUCAGGAGAAACUAUUCACGUAUAGGAAACAAUGCAUAUCAGCAGUGAAUGACAAGAUCUCUUUUGAGAUAUCCGAACAUCACUCACUUUAUUUUAUUUCUCAAUUCUGAAAAUCCAUUGUAUUGAUUGUAAAAGUGCAUAAUUUUACAUUACCAAUUUUCAGGAAAUUUUGAGUUCAAUCAUUUGAGUUGUUUGAAAUGGGAAGAGACUCAGUAGGAGCCUGCUUGAUAGUCAGCUGUCAAGCAGUUUUGCCUUCUCAUUGCUGUAGUUGUGCGACCUGACCUGGAUGUAAACUAAUUCAAAGCUUAUUUUUCUUUUUGUCAAAUUGUGAGACCAUGUUUAGUAUCAAGUUCCAAUGUUUUUUUUAAAAAUACAAGCCCUGUCCAGGGGAGGGCUGGUAGCGAAUUUUUACUCUUGCUGGUGUUAAUUGAGAAGUCGACGUUUGUGUGUGUGUGUGUGUAGGUUGAGGGUGGUCUGACUUUCACUGGUGAUGUGGGCACAACUACAGACUUGCUGGCGUAUUUUAAGUCUUGGAUUUGCUUGGGGGUCACCUUAGUCUUCAGCCUGUUGAGUUUGAAAAACUUCCUAUCAAAUUGAAAUUGGUGACCCCCUUGUUGAAGUUGGCUCUGAGUACGUUCCAUGACCAGCCUAGCUGUGUGCUGAGCAGAUUCAAAACAGUUUGGUCUCCAGUCAUUGCAAGGGAUGGUUGCUUUCAUCCUGUCAUGCAGGAUUUGCAUGGUAGUAACAAACUUAGCUUGACACACAGUUCUCUGGAGUACCUUCAAAAGGGUUAUAUGGUCAAUGCAGUCAAAGGCCUUUGACAGAUUAUUAAGAACCAUAUGGAGCUCUUUGCUUCAGAUACUUGGAUUUUCAAGUGACAAACAUCAUCUCUUUGAUUUCUCAGAGUUCUUGGCUGUCUGGAAGAAGGGUAGGAGCUGGCCCAGGAGGUUUUGUGGGAGAAUCUUCCCUUGGAGGAGCCAAGGAAUGUGCUUCUAUCCUUAUCUCAAAUUGAUUUAUCACUCUACCUGAAAGAGUGAUGUCGCAAAGGUGUGGUGUCAUUCAAAUUGAUUUGUUUUCAGAUACAUUGUUUCAUACGAUGUCUAUUGAAAAGUUUGCAGGUGUUUAUUCUAAUUCUAUUUGUAAUGUUAGCAAAGAGUCAACUGUUACAAUGCAUUUGUAGGCCUGAGUGUGACCGGACAAACAAUCCAAAUUGGACCAGUCUGACCAACUCACCAGUUGCUAAAUUUGCCUGGACUGGAAUUAUGCCACAUCACUGAAGGGAAGGUCGUAUUUUAAUUGAACAUCUUGGACUCUUAAGGCUAUGACAUCUGUAUAGGGAUUUUGGUUCAUGGAUGCAACACCUUUCUCAAACCCAAAAAUUAGAAGUCCCUUUGCUACUGUCUUAAUUGUAUCAUUGUUUACUGAAAACUUGGAGCAUGUAAUUUUUUUUUAUUAUUGGCUAUACAGAAGUAAGGAUAUAAUUGCUGAAGAAUUUCUGAUUUCCAUCAGCAUUUAAAUGAAUAGCUGUUGGGUAAAAUGCCCUUAUAGUUACCCUGUUAUGUACACAUGUUUAGAUUUGUUGCAAUAAGAGGUUUAGCAUGAUACAACCAUAAUAUCCUAUAGUAACAACAAAAUUGAUAUUUUUCCAAAAUGAAGCACAAGAAUAGUUUUAGUAAAGCUUUGCACUAAAUAAAUGCAGUGAAUGCCUACCAAUCUGAAAUGACCGAAAAGCAAAAUUCUCCUUUUCAGCUAUUCCACAGGGAGAAUUACUUGGGAGUGUAACUAGUCUUGAGGUCAAGCAAAAUGCUAUUUUUGAGGAAGCAAAAUUGCAUUCGGUUGUGUUGCAUACAGUAUGUCUCUGCUAAACAUUGACUUGCUUAAUAUUAUUUGACAUUAAUAUUGGUAAUGGUGUCAAUAUAUUUUUUUGAUGCUGUCAGUUUCACUUUUAAUGUAGUUUACCAAACUUUCUGUUGCGGCCAGCCCUUCAAAUAAACUGUUUCCUAGCACUUCUGGUCUCACCCCAGUCCCUCUUCACCUCCCAUCCCCCACUCGCGUCUGCUGCCACCUUUUUUCUACUGACCUCGCUCCCAAGCAGUGCCUGCCCUCCUCCCCUUCUCACCCAGCCACCUGACUGAUCGUUGACCCACAGUUUUGUUUCCCUCUCAACCUUGCUCUUCAGCCUUGUCUCAUUUCUCUUCCCACCCUCAGCCUGAGAUGUUGAGUGUAAAUGAUUCUGCAAGUUUGCUGCCAAAGUGCACUGAUGAACAUUGGCCACUAGAUGGAGUGUGGCAAAUCUGACAGUUCUAUCCAGUAAACCAGUAUUUUUAAAGAUUGUGGGCCCCGGUUUGUGAGGAGUGUGGGAAUUACACUGAGAUUGCCACUCGGCUUCUGUUUGUAUUAAGAAUUCCACAUUUUUAACAGGAGACUUUGAUCUCCUGUACUCCCAAACCUGAUAGGUUUCUUAUAGUGCAGGAUAGUUGAGGGAAGGUUAACUAUAUCCCCUUUUCUCAUGGCAAUCAGAUGUCAUGUCCUGUAAAUUAAACAUCCAGCAUCAUGGGCAGACUGACCGCUCCUGUGUAAAGAUAAGCACAUGAGGUAAGUGUGUGAGGGUCGAGCAUGAGAUGGGCAGGGAUGAGGUGCUAGGACCUGGGCACAAGAUGGAGAAAAGGGCCAGGUAAAUGAUCGAGGGUAUUUAAGGGUGGAUGGGAGAUACUGGGUCUGGCAGGGGAUGUGGAGUUCGAGACAGACUGGGCAGUUGCCAGGAGGUGUCAAGUCAGCAGCUGGGGUGUAAAGAAUCUGAAGGAGGAAGACCUUGAGAAUUCCUCCAGCAUCCUCUGUUUUUAUUUCAUGUUUCCAGCAUCCACAGUGUGUUGUUUUUAUCUAGGUUUUUAGUAAUCUAUAUUUUCCUGGCUUUUUCUUUAAACUUAACUUGAUCUCCAAAUUAUAUGGUUUUAAUGGAUACUUUGAGGGUAACAGCGAUAAGGAAUUGCCCAUCAGAAUCUUCAACUUUCCAAACAAUUCCCUUGGAAUCUCUGACAGUGGUGAUUCUACAGGAACCAUCUAUGUUGCAGAAAUGGUUAUCUAGCCAUCAGAAAAUCAGGGCAGCGUGUAAUCCUACAUUUAGGUGAUACAUUUUACUUCGUGAGCUAUUUCAGCUAAGAAUGCAAUUUUGCACAAGUAUAGUAAAGUGUUUCACCUCUUGCAUUGGACAUUUCUCAUCCAGAAAACAAUGGAAUCUAACUCUAGUUUUAACAUUGGGUCCCAUGGAAAAUCCCAUGAUUCACUCAAAGGUGAUUUUCAGGAAUCGGACACAAUUUUACUUGAGGGCUUACCCAAUUGCGUACAAGGGAACUUUAAACUUGUUUGUUAAAGUCAGCUCAGCUUCUUUGAAGUGAUAAAGUAAUCCAAUUUGUUUCUUGUUAGGUAAACGAAUGAUAGCAAAGUUUUCCUUCUGUUAAUAUUUACUGCUUUGCAUUUAAUAUUUUAUUGAUAGCAUUCUAUUUAGACAGUAAGUUGAUAAAAUCAUGAGUUUAUUGAAGGCUUACUAUUGAGGAACUUAGAUAUCCAUUACCAUUAUUUAUUAAGUAUGUAACAAACAAUAAUUUCACAAGAAUUCGAAAUGCUCCACCCACCUUUUCUCUCCUUGUUUCAAUGAUUGCUUCCUUUACAGAAUCAUGGAAUUUUUAUGGUGCAAAAGGAGACCAUUCAGCCCUUUGUGUCUGCUUGGGGUCUUCAAAUGAGCAUCAUUACCUCGUGCCAAUCUCUUGCAUUUUUUUCCAGAUCCUUGCGUGUUAUUUCUAUCCAGAUAAUCAUCCUUGGGAAUGCCUCAAUUGAACAUAGAUGCACCACGUUUCCAGGCGGUGCAUUCCCACUUCCCUAAUUACUUGCUGUGAGAAAGUAUUUUCUCUUGCAUCACUUUAGCAGCAUCUCUUAUUUUUUUUUCUUCUUGAGUAGAAGAGUCUCAUUAAUGUUGGCUACAGGCAGCACAAAUUUCUCUGGUUUGGCUGGUUGUGUUGUGUUAUCCGCUAUAAACUGGCUUGUUGUUUUUGAGGGUGUGAUAGAAAUUUAAGUGUUGGCUGCUGAGGUUUGUCAUAGGAAUGUUGUGGUUGGCUUCAGCAUGUAAAGUGGGAAUGUCAGACACUGUUCCUUGGCUUUCAUCAUUAUACAGGAUUAUGUGCACGCUGGGUGAGGAUAAGAUCAAACUUGGCUGUGAUGUACACUCCAGGCGGAAGGGUCUUUUCUGUAUCAUACGAUUCUAUUCUUUCCUAAGCUUGACUGCAUUUUGUUUGAAGACUUUCAAGAAUAAUGGUUUCUGGGCUAAGGCACUGAAUGCAUUUCUGUAGUGAGGAAGUAAAUGCCUUGGUGAGGUGAAGGCAAAAAGCCAAAACACACAAUUGUUGAAGUGAAAGAAAACUGUUAAUGCUCCUCACUUCCAAAAAGAAAAGUUUAGUUUAUGUAAACUGCUUUCUGUUCAAAGCAAAAUCGAUUAAAUAAAUCCCUGACUGUCAAGAGGUUCUAAAGCUUUAGCUUCAGCGAAUACUGUUGAGACAAUUAAGGGUACAGGGGUAGUUUUUGAGUAAUCCUGCCAGAUAAUUGUGUAAUCUAGAAGCUCAAGUGUCCCUGAAUGCAUAAGGAGCCCAUUUAACGAAGAAUUUAGUUAGCCCUAAAAUCGAGUAACGAGGUUAUGAAAACAAUAUCACCUAUGUUCUAGAUGCAAUUGAUGCUGCUUCAUGUGGAGCAGCUUUUAUUUAGCUGUUUGAUUGUUUUUGUUUUGAGGCGCACCAGUUUGCUGGAGCAUGAGUGAACAAUGAACUUGUGAUUAGCAGCAAAGUAACUGAAGUAGUCGACCUUUGGUUUUAAUAGUGAGGGGUCACUAGUUCUCCACCUUGUUCUUUGGGAGGAUACGUCUUCAGAAUUUUAGAAAAUUUUCCAGGUACCAGCACAGUUUAUUAUCUUACAGAGCCAAGAAACAUGGCAAUGGUGUUUCAGGUUAGCUUCACAACAAGGGGAUUGGUACACACAUGUUUGAAAAAUUGGAGGGAAGGGAAGCAAUUCAACAAAACUACACAAAUUAUCUUGCUCAUUUGAAAGAGGCAUUCUUGCGGUUUGCAAUUUUCUGUGACUAUUUUUCUUCAGAAAUUCACAAUCUUAUUUCAUUUUUAUGUGUGUGCACGUACUUAUAUGAAGGAAUGUGUUGUUAAUUGUACUGGAUAUUACUUGCUGCUAUAGGUAAAUUGAAUGUAGAUGAACUUUGUUUCUGGAACAAAGAUACACUGAGGAAGCCUAAAUGAAGAAACUGUGCUGGUGCAGCAACCAGAGUUGUUGGUACUGCAGAGCAAUCAAAUACCAAGUCUGACUUAAUCCAUCUACUGUUUUAUUCUGUGAUGGUAUCAUAUGACAAACUGUCUUGAACAUUGUGUAGAGCAAAGAAAGAAAAAUUGCCUAAGAAUUCCUCUGGGUGGCAGUGACUAGCAAUAGAGUAUUGUACUGACAGUCACAUUAAGUAUAACAGUAAAUAAAGCCAUUGAAAUUGAA